AUGAUGCUCUAUGUCCCCGAGAAAAAGGCGACCCCCGCUUCCCGCCGCAGCCCCCUGGGCCGAGCUCUCGCCACCGCCGGUGUCAUCACCAUGCGGUGGGACAUUGAGAAGCCGGUCCGCGGCUCCGUCCCCGCCGCCGCCCUCGAGCUCCGCCGCAGCGCCCUCCUCGCCUACUACCGUGCCCUCCCCCACGUUGCGCGCGCCGCGUCGGGCGACUUCGUCAGAUACGCAUGGCACGACUGCUUCCGGCCCUCGAAGAAGGCGUCGACGCUCGCCUCCGCCGAGUUGGAGCGGGCCGCCGUGCUGUUCAACCUCGCGGCGGUGCACUCGCGGAUCGGUGCGGCGGCUGUCCGGGGCGUGGGGGACGGGCGGAGGAGGGCGUGCGACGCGUUCCAGCGGGCGGCCGGCGUGUUCGCCUUCUUGCGGGAGGGCGUGGCGCGGGACACGGCCGUCGGCUGCGCAUCGGUGGACGUGUCGGCGGAGUGCGUCGGGAUGCUGGAGAAGCUCAUGCUGGCGCAGGCGCAGGAGUGCUUCUUCGAGAAGGCGACCGCGGAUGCCAAGCACCCCAGACUCUGCUCCAAGAUCGCUCGGCAGGUCAGCCUUUACUACGAGGAAGCUGCCACCGCGCUCACCGCUCCACCGCUCGACCGCCACCUCGACAAAACAUGGCGCUCGUACGCGCAGACGAAGGCCAAACUGUACCACGCCGAGGCCUGCUACUGGUGCUCGCUCGAGCUCCACGAGCAGGGGGAAAUCGCCGAGGAGAUCGCUCGCCUCAAGUCAGGGCUGGCCGGCCUGGCCGCCGUAAAGAAGCUCGCGAAGGGCGCCGCUGCGUCUGCCGUCUCGCGGCUCGAGCUCGACAUGAGCCGGAACCUGGAGAGGGCGAACCGCGAGAACGUCACGGUCUAUUUCAUGCGGGUGCCGAGCGAGAGCUCGUUGCCUCCGUUGCCCGCGGCGUCGCUCGUUCGCCGGACCCCGAUGGACAUCUCAUAUGCGCCUCUUUAUUCCUCACUGACGUCUUGGCCGGACCGCCUCGCUCUCGCCCACCCUUAUGUCUGCGCCCACACAAACGCUGUCGCCCUCCUCCACUGUCUUAUCCUCGCCCUCGCCCAUCUCUUCGUUCACAUCUAUCCCGAUCUCUUUCCUACAGUCGCAAAAAUGGAGAGACGGCGAGAAUGCUGGAGGAACGGGAGAGCCGGUGGAGAAAACGGAGUCAUAACUGGGGUCAAGGGAGGCGCGAAGAAUGGAGGAGGUAAAAGACUGCGGAUGAACAAGAUUGGAGAAGAGACGAAGAGAAUGAAGGACAAUUUGAUCAUUUUGUCAUCAUAUAUAGUUAACACUGUAUCUCUGUGA